AUGUCAUUUAAUCUGCCAUUUUCCGCAAUAAGUUGUGAUUUUACAAAUCGUUAUUAUUUAAAACUGGAUUCUCAUUUUUGUAAUUCUCGGUGCAAUGCUCUUUUAAUAUUAGGACUUGAUCCUAAGACAUCUUUUACAAAUGAAGAGCUUAGAGAGGCAUAUAGAAAACGGUUAUUGCAAGUUCAUCCCGAUAAACAGUAUAAAAACUCAAUAUCAACAGAGUUAUCUUUGAAACCAGAAUUUUCCGAUGAAUAUUGUCUAUCAAUAGAUGAUAUUCGUCAAUCUUUUUACCGGCUUCAGCAGGAACUGCUUGAGACUUUGCCAAAAGAAUCUAUGACAUCUGUUUUUUAUGAAACAGUUUAUCUUGAAGACUUUACUUAUUCUGUUUGCAAUAACGAAUUCUCUUUGAGUUGUCGUUGCGGAGAUAUGUUUAUAUUAAGUUCUCAGGAAAUUCAAGCAGGUGAAGCAAUUGUUUCUUGUAAUGGAUGUAGUCUUUGGAUCCGUGUUAUUUCGAAUAUCAUACCAGAGUAA